AUGGUGAAGAUGGGUGUAUCAGGGCUUCAGUCAGUGUCUUGUUUUGGUGUGCCCUCUUGUGGCUUAGUUCACGGGAACGAAAAUGACACAGAAUCCGUGUCGGUGUUUUUAGGAGCUUUCGGUUUCCCCGGGAAACGCCGGGCAGGCGCGCGCGCCGCAGAAGGAAACCUCAACGCGGGACGAAUCCUUACGGGCGCGCGCGGGAUCCCGCCCGGCCCCGCCCCCUGCGCGCGCCCCGCCCCGGGGGGGGGGGGGGGGGGGGGGGGGGCCGGCGCGGCGGCCGGGGGCCGCAGCUUCUCCUUCAAGGUGGUGCUGCUCGGGGAGGGCUGCGUGGGGAAAACCUCGCUGGUGCUGCGCUACUGCGAGAACAAGUUCAACGAUAAGCACAUCACCACGCUGCAGGCAUCUUUUCUGACAAAGAAGCUAAAUAUUGGUGGAAAAAGAGUAAAUCUUGCAAUAUGGGAUACAGCCGGUCAAGAAAGAUUUCAUGCAUUGGGGCCUAUCUACUACAGGGACUCUAAUGGCGCUAUUCUAGUAUAUGAUAUAACAGAUGAAGACUCUUUUCAAAAGGUAAAAAACUGGGUUAAGGAAUUACGAAAAAUGUUGGGAAAUGAAAUCUGUUUGUGUAUAGUAGGUAACAAAAUAGACUUGGAAAAAGAGAGACAUGUUUCAGUGCAAGAAGCAGAAAUGUAUGCUGAAUCUGUUGGAGCAAAACAUUAUCAUACAUCAGCUAAACAGAACAAAGGAAUUGAAGAACUGUUUCUUGACCUUUGCAAAAGAAUGAUAGAAACUGCUCAAGUGGAGGAAAGAGCAAGAGGCAAUGGCUCCAGUCAGUCAGGAAUAGCAAGGCGAGGUGUACAGAUCAUUGAUGAUGAGCCACAAGUACAGAGCAGUGGAGGGUGCUGUUCUUCUGGAUAAUUAUAAAACUGUGCAUCACUGCCCUCUCAAUAUGAAGACUGCCAUAUUCCAAGUCACACAUUCUUUACCAAUGGAGUAAUAGAAUUAACAGUAUUUAAAAAUAAUCACAUGUAACACUGCAGAGACCUUAAGUGCUAAACUAGUGGCGUCUGUGACCAGAGAAUUGGCGUUUUCUACAGUGGUUAACAAAGCAAUUACCAAUGGCCUUUUUACAUAUUUUUCUUUAAUGAGGAAUAAUAUGCAUGUAGAAAAGACCUACUUAAAGGCUUCAUUUAUAUUCUUUUAAAUCAGAUCAUUAUUUAAUAACUUAUAUACAUUGUUGUUGGAAUGGUAUACGUUUUUGCAGCUCUUUGUAUUUUGUGGUAGACAGAAUUGUAUCACUUCUAAAAUGCAAAUUGAUUUUUUUUUAAAUUAGCAGAUAUCUGAAUUAAUAUUUUUGCAGGGCCUCCACAAGCCUAUAACUCAACUACUUUGAUAUAUUCUGUUCAUCUGUAUGCCAAGCUGAUAAAAUACAUUGUAAAUUACAUAUUAAAUAUUUUAUCUGCUUUUACACUUGCAGGUGCAGAAAUAUGUACAUCAGUCUUGUCAGUGAUUGUGAAGUGAAUAAGUCAGUGAAAGAUGCAGGCUUUUCAUGUGCACUGUUAAAUUGCUCAUUCUAUUCCCCUACCUGAAAACAGCUUUGUUUUGGGUACAUCCAUAGCUACAGCAAUUUUUUUAAUCCAUUUCUGGCAAGCAGCAGUAUUUAGAGCAUCCCCUUUCUAGAAGAGAAUGCUUCUGUAAACUGCUGUUUAACAUUGAGGUGUUAGACUUGCAGCUAAAACAGCUGGUGCAUGCACAUACCUUGCCUCUGCAGUUACUUUGUCCUCUCAGAAGAUCCCCAGAAAGUCAAAGCAACUUUAGCUCUCAUCUGUCUGGUAGCCAGUAAACCAGAUGCAUGGGAAACUCUUUAGCUGCUUCAAUACAUUUGUUUCCAAAGAGAGCAUUAUAAACUAUUCAUGAGUAUAUUUAUUUUCCCCUGCAGGGCUUGAGUGAGCAAUUAAUUGGCAUUAACUAGAAUUUCUAAAUUGGAGUAAUUAAAUUGAAGAUGUGAAACUUGCCAGAUGUAGCUAUAACUUUGGUGAUUCUAGGCAGAAUUGAACUUAUUCCCAGCUUGCUCUUUCUCCUGUAAAAUGUUUUGAAAAAGCUCAUUUAAGUUUCAGGAGGAGGGUUUUCAGAAAAAAUGUGUAAACUACUAUCAAAAGAACACAAGUGGUGGUAGCUGAAACUUCAAAAUGUUUUGUGCUCUGACUUUUUUUUACUUAAGUUGUCAUGCUUGGAAAAACAGUAAAGGUGAUGUCUAUGACAAAGUAGAAUAUCCUUGGCCUUCCUUUUUCUGAAAGGUAGAUAUAGUAUUGCAUAUGAAUGCACUGAAUGGUGUGGGUAUGUUCUGAUACACAAAAAAGUAGUAGUAAUGAGUUAGUCUGUGUAAGAGAAGUGUGCUGUCUUCAAUCUGAUUUUUAUUUUCUCUGGAAUAAUAGAUGGCUUUGAUACAGACUGAUCCUGGUGCAUUUUCUCCUUUUUUGCCUUAACUUGUGGUGUAGAUAAUUUUCCUUAGACUACCAUUACUGUGCUCUUCUGUUGUCUUUGCAUGCAUGAUGGAGAAAGGUGGUCUGUUCAUGUUAGUGAAGAUAAAGUUUCUUGGCUGUGCAGAGCUUUGGUGUGAAUUUAAAAUCUGUGAUUAUAUAUGUCUAUGUAGCAACACCUGUAACUUUCACAUAACUAACAACAGUGAGCUCUGACAAAGUUGAAAACCAGAUUGGUUUGAUCUAACACUGGUAUCUGACAAUCAGCCUUGUAAGUGAUACAAUACAUGAAGAUAUGAAGAGUUAAAUUGUCAAGUCUCGAUGUUCAAGAAUGGAAUUGCCUCAGAAUAGGAGUUUCAAGUUUUUUGAUUCAAAUUUAAUUUUUUCCAUCUCUGCAAAUAAAACCCCAAAUAGCCCAACUUCAACUAGGCUUAGUUGAAGCAGUGUGUAGAAUGUAUCUUUCUGCCUACAGCUGAAGUGUUUUUAGUGUAUUGUGUGAUAAGGACAUCCCAUGCGACUUCUGCCAAUUACAAAACUAACAAAGGCAUGUUGAUACUAGCUCUUAAGUUUCUUACAGAAUUAAAACUAUUACUACUGAAAACUUAGGUGGGGAUAAGAAAAUCUGCAGUUUGGUAAUACUAAAACGGCUCUGGGUGCUAUUAGUGUAUUUUUUUAAAUAAAUUCUCAAGUUACUUUUCUUAAGCUACAACAUAAAAAAUACUCACUGGAAUCCUUCCUGUCUAAGCUGUGGUUUGGUUGGACUUUAUUUAUGAAGUGUAAAGCCUGUGUUUGCAAGGUAUUGUUAUAUAACUGUAUGAAAGUAUAGCUUCGUGAAGUCAGGUAAGCUGGUUGAAGACUAGACAGAGGUGAAAAUAGGAAUGUUUUUUUAGACUGAUCAACUUAAGACUUCAGCUC